CACGAUGCUGACGCUCUGAGCGCAUGCGCAUUGCGAUGAAGAGAAUUUUCAACAGCUGAGGAGGCGUAACUAGCCAGGCUAACAUUUGCUUAAGUUUGGAAAUUUCUGAGAAGAACCAUUCUGCUAAGAAUGACUUGUCCGAAUGAGUGACCUCAAACUCUACAAAUAUUGAAGCAAAGGGACUCCAUAAAUCCAACUUUGAAUUGCCAGAGAGCAAAUCUCCUCCUUGCUGUCUGUGUGACACAGACCUAUUUGUCUUGAAACAAGUUAUUCUUUGAGAUUAAGAAGAGAUGCCCAGACAAAGACAACCAUACAGGCUGCUGCCUUGCUCCGCCAACUGAUAGCCAAAACACAGUUUUUUGUGGUUAGAGGAUGGGCUAUUGAGUCUAUCUGCUCCUCUCUCUCCAGAACAUUGGAAUUUAGUGUGUGCCAAUGUGCACGGUAAAUUAUGCUCACCUAAAAUGGUGCUUGAAUGUGGCAUCUCCAAUCGAGGCGUGCCUGAAGAGCUGAGGGUCUCUCUGGUAUCUGAAUGAUUGUCUGUUGCAAAUAAUGGAUGCCAAGUUGAGAGAGGACCUGUUCCGGAGGUAUGUGACGGCACUGGAAAGGCGUCCGGAGGGGGGAUAUACGGGAACUGGAAGUACGUUGGAGGGAGACAGAAGCAGACACAAGGACAGCGAGGCACUACUCUCCACAUCGACGGCUCUGCUCGGAGCCUAUCAGCCAGAUCCUGGUCAGCGAUUUCGUAUGGUCCGUUUCUACGAGAUGGUGGAGAACUCGCUCCGAUGCCAGAGAGGAGGCAACCUUAAGAGUCUGGAGAGGGCCUUUCACACUCUGGAAACCAUCUGCACCAACCUCCUGCUCUUCCCUUGGAAGAAAGAGUUUCGAUGUAUAAAGACCUUCACAGGCCCUUAUGUGUACCACCUGCAGUCUGCCAUUUCUGACGCUGAACUCCGAACGCUAAUGCGUACCAUUGGAUAUACCUGUGAACAUGAUUCGCAAUUCCGUUUGUUGGACCACCCAGGAGACAGCAGUCAUCUCCGCCAGUUAGCCUUUGAGCUGUUCCUGGCUCAGGCAGAGUGUCGUCUUCUAGGGGAGGUGGUGGCUCUCGCCCGCGGUUCCGCCUCGGAGCUGGAAGCUCUGGAGCUCCGCCGGGGUUGUAGAGAUGAUGCAGCUGGUUGCGCUGAGGCGCUGCGCAGACGAGACAGCCUCGGGGCAGAUAUCGCUCGGUUGUCUGUUCGACCGUUGGAUAUAGAAAGGCCUUAUGCCCACCACCUGAGACGAGGAAGCCGACCGUCCAAGUCUGUGGAUGUUACAGAUGGAGCAGGUCACUGGCACCCAGCAGUCAACAAGCCUAUCCUGAAGGCAUCUCUGAGUCUAAGGAAGGAGCCUCUGUUUGUGGACACAGAGGAAGACAUGAAGGAUGAGAUCAUCAGGCCCAACACAUCUGCAUCUUUUUUCUCUAUUGCUGCUCCACCUUCCUACAGCCCUGUUGCAGACUUUUUCCCCAUGCAGUCGCCUCCUCCAGUUGACCCCUACACGUCCUACCAUAUGUCCUCCUUAGAUGACAUUGACUUGUACACAGAGAGAGGUGGUGUCGGGACGGGAGGAAGGCAAACUCCGUCUCGACCGCCAUCCAGAGAGCCACGUGAUGCCAGAGAUGGCUGGCUUCUCAAAGCUCAUGGUAGUGUGAAAUGUCAGGGUUGUGGACUGGGAUGCUCCACAAUGGCAUCCUGUCAGAGGUGUGACAUGAUUCUUUGCUCCGCCUGCCACGAUAUAGAUCCGUCCCCCUGUUGUGGCCUCCAGGACUACCACUCGAAAUCCCCACGCCCCCUUGAUGGAUACAUUCCUGUGAAGGAAAAGCUAUCGGUCUACUCCAACGCCCAGCCUCACCCGCAUCUCCAUCCACACCCUCUAACCCUGACCCAUUCUCAUUCCCAUCCCCACCCUCACCCCCAGAUGUUGGAAAAACCCCUCAUGCCCACCAAACUGUUUCCAAGCAAGUCAGUUGCUAUGACAACACCAAAGGCAGGGAGCACGGAGCGCAUAAGUAUUGGGGGGUCACGAUGUGGGUUUUGCAACAAGCCAGGCGCAUCACACACCUGCGUAAAUUGCUCUAAGGUGUCGUGUGACUCUUGCAUGGGCUUGUAUGCGAAAGAUGUGUGCACACGAAAGAAUCCUCAGCACAACUUUGUGCCCAACCAUCAGCUCAACUUUAAAUCUGGCACCAUAUCACACCUAGUGUAUCGAUGAAGCAGGCAGGCGGAGUAAUCCCCUUCAGUACAAUCCCUUAACAUUUAAUGUAGUUUUGCACUAUUGCUUUAAGCUUGGCUUACAUAGUUCAUUCUCUGGUUUCUGAUUUUAUCUAGUGAUUUCUUUUCCAACUUGUACAUUCUCACUCGCUGACAGUAGACCCAUGGAAUACACAUACCACAGAGCCAUGUCAUUAACCCAGCUCUCCGCUAGGCAUGGGGCGGUGUGAGAUUCUCACGCUGUGAUGAUCUCGGGUAAUGAGCAGCUCUGUCAUGGUAUACACACACACCAUGAUAGAGCACACACAGAAAAUGAAAACAAUAAAAUGUUAAACAUGAUAUAAUCAAUUAAAACAGAAGCAUUAGUUCUUCCCAAUGUGGCUAAAAUAAUGAGACAUUGAUCAUUAUAGAUAUCUUUACAUUUAUUUUUACACUUGUUAAAUUUUUGAGUAGUUUUUAAGUGUUGACUGUGCAUAAUACAAUAUUUUUACAAUUCUGCUCUUUAGAGUAACAAAAUUAGUCAGGCUAUCUGCACGUGGAGCCAGCUGCUGAAUGGGAAAGUCACAGUUAAAAUGGCACUACCAUACGGUGAAAAGGAAAGGGGUGCACUGCACUUACCCCAUGUAUUGUGGCAUCUCAUUAUAGGGACUUUAUUAUAAAAUGCAACUUUGAAUUUACCAUUGGGAUUAAUAAAGUAUUUUGAACUGAAAUUUGAAUUUAAUAUGAAGGAACAGAAUGAGGCAAAUGUUUUUUUUUCUUCUUAGAUUUAAAAUUUCCAUUUUGUAACACCAUCUUAUACCUCAGUACCUAUAACUGGCCCAUGCCUACUCUCUGCCUUGUAAAGCUGUAAGCCUUUUCUCUAUUUAUUGGUUUUACCAGAUGACGUGCUUUUCAGUCAUCCUGUGUUGACGUUGCGCUUCCCACUGUUCUUAGUUUUUUACUCUCCGCAUGGGGAAAACUGGACAAAUUAGUUAAACUUCAUCUCAUUGUAGUCAAAUCUGCCCCGAUGAACAUUAUACACUUUGCCUAACUUCUCAGCUAAAAAUUCUUCUUAUAUAUUAAUAUAUAUACAUAAGUAGAUACAGUAUAUAUUUAUGUAUGAGUGUGUGUAUGUAUGUGUAGAAAAGACCUGAGCUUGCCUAAUAUUUAAAGGUAAUGUUUUAGAAAACUUGAAAAAUGUUGGGAAAAAAAGUAAACACACUGGAAGUCAGUAACUCUCUGUUCUCUAGGACAAUGUGAGACUGUUAAAUGGGCAUGAGGUCUGGCAUUUUCUGGAUGUACAUCUUACAUAUGUUGAUAUGGGGUAGAAGAUAUCCUGAAGAGACAUAUGUUCUAUUUAAAAUAUUAUGCCUUGUAAAUUUACCCUGAAAUAUUUGUAAUUUUCUUUCUUUGGAUCAGUUUUAAACGCUACUGUGAACUCGAGAUGUUGAAGAUGAUUUCCGUCAGACCGUUGGUGUCAGUUUCAGGCCUCGUCCCUCUCAUUACUUCCCACAAACCCCACAUGAUUCAUGAUGCCUCCUCCGCAAAUUAGUGACUCUCGUUCAGCUUCAAGUGGGGUCACAGGAAAUCUAAUGCUUGUAAACAUGUCUAGUGACUAACAAAUGUAAAACUGUUGGUUGGUUUUCGGCAGUAUGAAGAUUUAUGCUCCUCAAUGGUUUCUGUCUACCUCAAUUCAUAUCAGCUUACACCCAGUUUGACAUUGUGGAUUAAAACUAGCCUCAAUAUUCAGAGGAAAAAAUAAACAGAACAAAGCAUUUAAUUAACAAGUUGUCUGUGUUUAAAAAGUGGUGCGGUAACCUCAGAAAACCAUCCAAAUGUAUUAUAAAUGGAAUCAGGUUCAGAUGUUUAUUUAGUGAAGGAGGAAUUGUGUAGAAUAUUCUUGUUCCAAAUACUUGACUCCAUUUAAUAAGUAGCAAAAACAAUUUUAAUUUGUAAUUUCUACUUUUCCUUACUUAACUGGGUUGCAUUUAUGUUUUUCUCUCGGUUGGAUUGGCAAAAACAGAAACCACUUAUGUUGCAGUUCAGCUCAGCACUGAUACCGGCUCAGAGUCUCAUAAUUAAUUUAGACUUUAUUGCUUUCUAUUAUAGAAGUAUUUAACGUUAAUAGCUUUGCAAAGCAGACUUUUACUACACUACUUUUCGGGGAUGCACCAAUCAACGAGGUCAGAGUUCAGAUCUGGAUACUUUUCCCUCGAUGUGCUGUGAAGGAUGAUCGGUUGGUUAAUUCAGUGUAGAAAUGCAUCAGCAAUCAGCAUGUAGCUUGAUACACUCAAUAAAAAUUAAAGAUUGAGGGUUACUGUUUUAUUUCCAUUAUUUUCAAAGCUACAGCUGCUGUCAAUGAAGCUAUUGCACAUUUUAUUUUUGUUGCUGUGCAGAAAAAAAUUGGAAGCUGUCAGAAUUUAUAGGUAAAAUGUCAAAAGACGGAAACACGGAAUUGGCCUGGAAAAACCUUAUUGGUGCAUCUCUAACUGAAAUCUAAAGUUUGAGCACAUUUAUUGCAAGUUUACAUUGAUUUAACUAGUUGAAGUCUUUCAGCUUGCUGUAAAACACUCAGAGCCCCUCUGCUAUAUCUGUUUCAUAGCUGGGUGUUGGAGAUAUGCUGCUUCGGUUUAAACAUUAGCCCAUGCUUGAAUGGGUCUGUGUGGUGUUUACUCUUGUUCUCCAUGUAAAAAGUCUAUAGUUACCAAGGGCUAAUUUUCAGUCACUUCUCAUAAAAAAUAAAAGUUAGUCUGAUUUAUUUUUGACAGACUGCUUGGGCUGCUCGAGCCUUCAUGUGCUGUCAUGAUUAACCUCUGAAUGCCUUAAGACUGUAUAGCUCUCUUAUCAUAGAAUAUUUUGAUUUAUUUGUUAAUGUUGUCAGAUACUAUGUUUUAUCAAUCUGUUGUUUCAGCAUUGCUAUUUAAUCUCCAGACUCCAAAUGUAAAGUUCAUUUCUGGAUUUCAGAAAAAAUGGAUUAAAAGUACAGAAGGUUAUAGAUAUUUUUUAAAGUGCAUCUUGAUUUCUUUAUUUUUUUUUUUAAAGCAGAAUAUUGUACACCUGUACAUGGGAUGUGUUGUAAUGACCUUGUCUGACAUUGGAUUCAGGAAGCAAUGUCUAAUUUUGAACCUUUUUGUUCCUUUCCUUAAAAGCUAAAGUCAGGUGUUGUCUUAAACAUAUUAAAACGGAUCAAAAGGGAUGUUUUGAUAUCAGUUUGAAGUAGAUGGAAGGGUCUUUAAGAGAUUUCAACUUCAUCUAAACUAGUGUAUCAAUAAGUCAUGUGACCUUUGGGGAGAUGUGCAAUUUUUUUUCCAUCCAAUCAAGCCUUUUUAAAUGUUUCAGAGUAGUCGUGUUUUAGUAGCUGUUUGCAAUUCAUAACCAGCAUCACCGAGGACUUUCAGAAGUAUUGAGCCAUGUGUCAAGAGUGAUCGUUUUGCCAAAUGAAGAACAACUCUCACUGGAGUGGAAACAAAUACAUUGUAUGGCUUGUCUGGAUGUGAAGCUAAUGUAACAUAUAAACCUGUGAUUUUUACUUUUUAUUUUUCGUUAAAGUUGAGUUUUGUCUGUAGAUUGUGGGCUUUUUAAGAAGCCUGUGAAGAAAAUCAACAUAGAUGGCCACUUACACUCCAUUUGAUGUGGCUCUGACUGUAAACAAUAGACUGAUGACUUGUGUUGGUCACUACAAAGGGCUAAACAGUCUUGAGGGCUGCCUUUAGAUUAGUUGGCUCUAUUUCAGAAGUUUGAAAAACUGACUUUGUGCAGUUUACAUUUAUCAACACAAAUAGCUGAUUUCUGGGAAGAAAUUAUGAUGUUAUACAUCAAUCUCUUUAACAUGAUUGGUCUGACUUGCACCAUAAUUACUUAAGACAUUGUGGAAGAAGAUACUCCCUUUACCUUUUGUGUGGUUAUCUUACUGGUUUUCAUACAGGUGUUGUAGUUAGGCUGCCUCAUUUCCAUGCCCUGUUUCUGUAGCCUUUCUCCUGGCAUGCUCUGUUCAGAUCCAUCCCCAAACACCCACCCACCUACCUUGGCACUAAGGAUCAUCAUCGCACAAUGUGUAUGUGAAGGGGUAUUUAACUUAGGAUCAGUGUGUGGGCAUAAAUGGGG